AUGACUGAUUAUUCCCCUACAUUGUUGUACAACAGAAUACAUAACGGACUGGCAAUGGGAUGUGGGGGCUCAACUCCCGUCACGGUUAAAUCACCACCGCCAAGAACACCUACUCCACCUGAACCAAAACCAAGAACCCCGACACCGACGCCACCUCCUCCUCCACCCAGAGAGAAAACUGCAGAUUUUGCCUCGGACUGUAUUGAUAUACAGAUAGACAAAGGAAAAGAUGAGAACGAAAUACAAGCUAAGGAAGAUGGGUAUCCUGAGCCAACACCAUCAGAUCAGGUGGACGGAGGCAUUAAACCCAAAGACAAAUGGUUUGAAGAUGAAGAUUUCAACAAUGCUAGCGAUGAUGCUGAUAUAUUCAAAACAGAAAUUGCCGUCGACGACGAUGACAUUAAUAUAGACACUUUGUCCGAUACAGCAAGUUAUAUCUCAAAUCCUACAAGAAGCGCAAAGCCCAAUCUCCUGUUUGAUGACGUUGACAACCAUGCAAUAUUAGCAAGUCCUACGCUUCUGAAUUCUUUCAAGGAUCUUGUUCAGUAUCUCAAGAAACCAUUCGAAAAUGACAGAUAUAAAAAUAUGAAAACUGCCAGAGCUAUUGUAGCAUGGAUGAGCAAUCGACCGAUGGAUGGUGUGGACUAUGGUGUAGCAACAACUGAUACACCACGCGGUCUUAUGCAGUAUCUCAAAGAGAAUAGGAUGACAUACACAACGUGUUACACUAUAGUGUGCAGGAAAGCUGGCCAUCAGUGUGCGAUUAUCAAAGGUUAUGUUAAAGCAGCCGGCUAUGAACCGGGUAACAAAAAUGUCCCAGAAGCAUCAUGGAAUGCAGUGCACGUUGAAUGUGGCUGGCAACUCGUCCAUCCAUUCUGGGUUUGCCGUGCAUUAUAUGGACAUAAUCUCGGCGGCUGGGUUAAAGUUGAAGAAGAUGGCACAACAAUGUCCAAAAAGGAGAGCGCUUCCGCCGGCGUGGUGAGAAAUACAUUCCAAGAGAGAUAUUUUAUGCCCGACCCAGAGAAUUUCAUUUACGAAUGUUAUGCGUCAGAUCCACAGUGGCAACUAGUAAAAUCAUCUUCUACUGUCCAUUCAAAGGAACAUUUUCUAGAAAUGCCAUACCUUCUGCCUCCCUUCUUUGGAGUUAAUUUUGAACUAACCAUCGAUCCAAAAUGCAUUUUGUAUAGUAAAGAAGGCUUCUGCAGGAUAGAUUUGAAGGGAAAGCCUGCGAAUGCCCACAUGAUUAUGUUAAGCUACGAGUUGUUUUUUAAAGACACGGAAAAUGACUCCAAAAAUGGAUUUCAGAAAGAAGAAAACAUGUCUCGAAUGGUAUUCAAUUCAAGAGCAGCAGAAAUGUUUGUUUUUGAUAUACGGUUUCCUGCACGAGGUACCUAUAAGCUUGUGAUAUAUGGAGGUCCAUACAAAUCUCCAGCCCUCCGUCUCUGUGAGUUUAGAUUGAUCUGUGAUUAG